AUUCUUAAUAAUAAAAAACCAUAACUUUCUUCUUCCCUUAAAUUCUCUCAACCAUGCCUACAUCUGAAAGUACAGUUAAAAUACAUGAGAUCACUCGAGUCACCCCUUCCUCCGACUCACCAAACUCCGCCAACGAAUUCAGCCUUCCACUCACUUUCUUCGACACCUAUUGGUUCAAGUUCCCUCCCGUUCAAAGCCUAUACUUAUACCAACUCAGUGACUCCCAUUCCACACCUUCCUAUUUCAACUCAGAAAUCCUCCCCAGACUCAAGCAAUCUCUUUCACUCGCACUUUCCCACUACCUUCCAAUCGCCGUCUACUUGAAGUGGCCAUCGGAAUCCGACAAACCCGUCGUGUCCUACACUCCUAACGACGGCGUUACUCUCUCGGUCGCCGAAUCCAAUGUAGCCAUCUUUGACACUUUAAUCAGCAAUGAAAUGCAUCGAGCAAAAGAGUUGCAUCCUUUUGCACCUCCGUUGAUCUUGUUCGAUGAUAAAGCGGAAAUACUCCCUUUGCAAAUAACACUGUUUCCCGGUCAAGGAUUUAGCAUCGGCACGGCAGCGCACCAUUCAGCGUUCGACGGUAGAAUCGCGAGCAUGUUUAUGCGGUCAUGGGCUUAUCUAUGCAAACACGGUACUAACGAAUUGCCACCCGAGUUAACCCCGUCGUUCGAUAGGAGCAUCAUCAAAGACCCAUCGGGACUGGUCAUAAGUUUCUUGAAUCAAUGGCGAGCUAUUUUCGAACAAGAGUCCGAUACGAGAAGCAUGAAAAUCCCGGCCUCGUUACAGGCGGUUUCCGACAACAUUGUUGGAGCUACGUUUGAAUUCAGCUGCAAAGACAUCAAGGGACUCAGAGAAAAGGCUUUGUCUGAAUUAGCAACCGAUCAUGGGAGAGGGAAACACCAACAUCAUCUCUCGAGUUUCGUCGUCACGCUUGCUUAUACAUCAACCUGUCUGGUUAAAACAAAAGGAGAAGGCGACAGAGACGUCGUCAUCGAAUUCGGAGUCGAUUGUAGGGCUCGACUAGACCCGCCGGCUCCACCGACAUACUUCGGUAACUGCGUUGUGAAUUAUUCCAACUCGGCGGAAGCGACAAAUUUCAUGGGAGAAGGUGGCUUUGCCUUUGCUAUAGAUAUAGUGAGCGAAUUGGUGCAGAAGAUCAAUAAGGGCGUUCUUGAAGGUGCGGAAAUGAAUCCUACGAAUUUCUACGCUCCAAAAUUACCUGGUACGCAGUUGAUCAUGGUUGCUGGAUCACCUAAGUUGAAUGUUUACGAGGCGGAUUUCGGACAGAGUAAGAUCAAGAAGGUGGAGAUUGUGUCCAUAGAGAGGGAUGAAGCUGUUUUCAUGGCCGAGAGUAGGAGUUGAGGUUGGUUUGGCACU